AUGCCCCGCUACUGUGCAGCAAUUUGCUGUAAGAACCGCCGGGGACGGAACAAUAAAGACCGGAAGCUGAGUUUUUACCCAUUUCCUCUGCAUGACAAAGAAAGACUUGAAAAAUGGCUAAAGAAUAUGAAACGAGAUUCAUGGGUUCCUAGUAAAUAUCAGUUCCUGUGUAGUGACCAUUUUACUCCUGAUUCUCUCGACAUCAGAUGGGGUAUUCGAUAUUUGAAACAAACUGCAGUUCCAACGAUAUUUUCUGUACCUGAAGACAAUCAGGAAAAAGACACUUCCCAAAAAAAACCUCUGAAGGCAGAAUUAGAGGAUGAAAAUGAAGUAUGCUUAAAAGCCAAGUCAGAAGAACCAUUUGCAUCAAAUGAGCCAAAGAAAAGUAGAGUUAACACAGAGGUGCUGCCUAAAUGUGCAGAAUUACUUGAUUCAUCUGGUUUGGUGAAGCUAUCAGCUCCAAAAACAGAAAAUACACAAAGUAAUAUACUAACUCUUAAUCUGAUUAAGCAAGAUACUGAAAAACCAGAAUCCACUUUGGAAACAUCAGUGAACCAAGAUACAGGUAUAGGUGGUUUUUACACAUCUUUUGAGAAUAUAAAUUCUACAACUAUUACUUUGACAACUUCAGAUUCAGAAGAUAUUCAGCACUCUUUGGAAGGCCAAGAAGUAUUUGAAGUAACCACUAAUCAUAUUGCGAAUGCAAAUUUCACAGAUAAUUCUGUGGAAAUUAAGUCAGCACAGGAAAAUCCAGUCCUGUUCAGCACAAUUACUCAAACAGUUGAAGACUUCAGUGCAAAUAAGGAACCUGUUGUUGCCAUUUGGGUACCCACUGAAAAUUCUAGCCCUGCAAUUAAUUCUUUUAUACCUGCCCAACAAAAUACCAUGGAAAUGGAGGACAUAGACACUGAAGACUCCUUACAUAAGGAUGUCGACUAUGGAACAGAAGUUUUACAAAUUGAACAUUCUUACUGCAGACAAGACAUAAAUAAGGAACAUCUUUGGCAGAAAGUUUCUAAACUACAUUCAAAGAUAACUCUUCUUGAACUACAAGAGCAACAAACUCUAGGAAGAUUGAAGUCUUUGGAAGCUCUAAUAAGGCAGCUAAAACACGAAACCUGGCUGUCUGAAGAAAAUGUCAAGAUUAUAGAAAACCAUUUCACAACGUAUGAAGUUACUAUGCUAUAA